AUGGAACUUAUUGAAAUUAGUAAUACUAUAAAACAUAUACCUAAGUAUGAUUACAGCAGCUAUGAAAUUGUGACUGUGGAUAGUUUUCACUUAAAGUAUGAAGAUUUUUAUGAAAAAUUUAUGCUAAAAAAUUUGCCUUGCAUAAUUCAAAACAUAAGUGUGAAUUGGGAUUGCUCAAAGAAUUGGGUGGAAAAUGGAAAUAUAAAUAUUGACUACAUCAUAUCAGAAUAUGGUAACUUAGAAGCUCCAAUUGCAGAUUGUAAUAAAAUAAAUUUUAAUGCUCAUUGUAAACAGAACAUGGAAGUGAAGGAUUUUAUGUCUUAUUUAAGAAAUAGUAGAAAAGAAAAUUUAUUGUAUCUAAAAGACUGGCACUUGAGAAAAAAUAAACCAAAUCAUAAGUUUUAUGAUGUACCUGAGAUCUUUGCUUCAGAUUGGCUGAAUGAAUUUGCUGAAGAUAACAAUGAAGAUGACUUUAUGUUUGUUUAUAUUGGGCCAAAAGAGUCAUGGACUUCCUUUCACUCCGAUGUUUAUUCAUCAUAUAGUUGGUCUGUAAAUAUAAUAGGUAGAAAAAGAUGGAUUUUACUUCCUCCCGGUGAGGAAAAUAAGCUGAGGGAUCAGUUUGGAAAUUUACCAUUAUUAUUUAACCCCCAAGAAGCAAAUAAUGUAAAGUUUUUUGAAGUUAUUCAAGAAAGAGGGGAUGCAAUAUUUGUUCCAUCUGGAUGGCAUCAUCAAGUUGUUAACAUUCUUGAUACAAUUUCAAUUAAUCAUAAUUUCAUUAAUGCAAGUAAUGUGGGUCUUGUAUGGGAAGCACUGCAACAAAAUCUUAUAUCUGUUGAAAAUGAAAUUCAAGAAUUUAGGAAUACUAUUGAUUUUAUCACUCAGUGUCAGCUUAUCCUUAAAUCAGUUUUUGGAAUGGAUUAUACAAUGUUUAUGAAUCUUAUCAUACACAUAGGAACUAAAAGAAUACAACAGUUUUAUGGUAAAAACUUUUCAACUUUCCAUAAAUUUGCAUUUGGAAAAAAUCACAUUAUCUUUGAUUUAAAUAUCAUAUCUCAGUUAUUAUGCCUAAUUCAAAAACAUCCUUUGUAUAAAAGUGAAUGUACCACACCAAGCAUAAAAGAAAGUGUAUUAAACAUCUUAACAGCUAUUGAAAUGUUAAAUAAAUAA